UGUGGGCGCUGUCACCGUUCCGGCCGCUGCGGGUGUGUGUGGGGCCGUGGUGCCCGGCGGGACGUGCUGCGCGGGGGGAUGUCGGCCCGCUCGGCUCAGGAAGAGGAAGAGGAGAAGGAGGGCGAGAGCGAGAUCGUGAGGCUGCGCCACAAGGAGGAGCUGAGCCGGAAGAUUAAAGAGCAGAAGGUUGUAGUUGAUGAGCUUUCUAAUUUGAAGAAGAACCGGAAAGUUUAUAAGCAGCAACCCAAUAGCAACAUAUUCUUCCUUGUAGACCGAACAGAAACGCUGUCUCAGUGCAAAAACAUAUUAGAUGACUUAAAGAAGACACAUCAGGAGAUGGAAAAUUCAGAAAAGACUAAAAUCAAGAAUUAGUCCAACUG